AUGGCGAUCCUCUAUGCGUUGGUGGCCAGGGGGACGGUGGUCCUCGCGGAGUUCAGCGCAGUCACCGGGAACACGGGGGCGGUGGCUCGGCGGAUCCUGGAGAAACUGCCGCCGGACGCCGACUCGAGGCUCUGUUUCUCGCAGGAGCGGUACAUCUUUCACGUGCUCAGAUUGGACGGGAUCACGUUUCUCUGCAUGGCCAAUGAUACCUUCGGGAGUGAGUCUUGAAUUCCUUACCUCGAGGAAUUUUCUUUUUUUUUUCUUAUUUUAGCUGAUCGAUUAGGGAUUCUUUCAGGCCCCCUUCAUUGUUUUUUUAUAUUUAUUUUUUUCGAACCAGGUUUUGAUUUUUUUGCCGAAGACAUUAAUCUGGGGCACGAGGGAUUCCGUUUCUCUCCGUUGGAUUCUCCCUUGUGAUCUAUAAGGAGUCAAUUUAUCCUAUUCUGAGUGGCUCAAAGUGUUGCUUGAUGAACUGUAUGGAUCUAGAUUUUCGCUCCAAUGAGAUUUAUGGGAGUUUUAUUUAACCAAAUUUAAAAGGGAUGAGUGAUAAUAGUAUUUUUUAGCUUCUUCCCGUGGAAACAGGGACUGAAGUUAUGCAUGCUGCUCUUAAAGUCUUUGGCUAAAUACAUAUGCCUCUCUGAUUAUGACGGGGAGACCAAGGUUUCCUGGGGAAUUGUCACUAGAUGAACGCUCUUACUAUGUGAAAACUUACUACACAAGAAUGGAGCUCUCAACUACGGAGUAAAAACGCCACUGGCAAAGAAAAUAAAGAAUGAUGAAUGCACAGUAUCCAGACAUGAAAUUGUAGUUAGCUUUUUUUCCUGAUGGAAAAAGGAGAAGGUGUAGAUUGAUGGCUGGAACAUUUCUUCUGACAUUCUUUCAGCUUUCUCCGAAUUACAGAUGUCAAAGUGACACUGCUUUGGCCACCAUUCCGAAUCAUAAAUACUUGAUGGUCAUUUUCUCCAUUGUGAAGACGAACGUGAGUGAUGCCUAAUCAAACGGCUGUUUUGAGGAUUGCUUUUCCUUGCCGCUAUUGUUUCGAUUAUGUUCGAACUAUGGAAUGGGAAAUUAUAUAAACUUGGGAUGCAGGUGAGUUGUAGAUAUAGAUGUAAUUGGACUAGGGACAUGGAUCGCCUCAAUUUCUUUCAUUUUAUCCAGUGACUGAGAGAUUUAUUCUUUUCCCUGAAGCUUGUGCUUUUACUCUGUUUUCUCUCCCUCGUGGUGCUUUCUCAGAUGAAAUCUACAAUAACUAUUUUCUCAGAAGUAAUUAUUUGAUGUAACCAUGUUCUCACCUUGAAUAUUCUUAAUGCAGACCUUAUUUAUCGCAUUGCAUAUUUCUAAUGAGGUCGCAUCUCUAUCCAUAUGCUGAACAGUAAAUAUUUCAAUCCAACCUCAUUAGUUUCUUAAUUGGAGCUUCCUCUGUUUCGUCAGUGUCCUCAUCUUGGAUGCAUCAUGAUUUAUGGGUUAAUUUACAUGGAAGUUGGUGCGUGCUUACCAUCAUGUGGUGGUUUGGUUUGUAUUUGCCUCGCAUUUCGUUGGCUAUGCCUUCUUUUUAUUGAAGUCAUAUUUUUCUUCGUUACCAUGUUCUUCCAGGAAGAGUUCCCUUCUCGUACCUGGAGGAGAUUCAUAUGAGAUUUAUGAAAAACUAUGGGAGAGUCGCUCAUUCUGCGUUAGCCUAUGCAAUGAAUGAUGAAUUCUCGAGAGUAUUGCAUCAGCAGAUGGAGUAUUUCUCCAGUAAUCCCAGUGCAGAUACACUUAACCGUGUCAGAAAUGAAGUCAGUGAGGCAAGUGAUCCUAAUUCACUCCAGUUAUUGUUGUAAAAUAUGCUAAUUUUAGAAAAUAUAGUGUUAUUAUUUGAUCAUCGAAUCGACAUUAUUUUUGUCUUUAUUAGUUUCACAUUUGAGAUACUAAAGUCUGAUUUUUAUUUUUAUUUUACUUUAAUCCCACCCUAUACUCUGACAAUGGCAUAACCAUUUACCAUACUUCCCCUAAGGGAUCAAUAUCUCAAUGAUCAACUUAUUAAUUUGAGGAUAGAUGUUGUUAUUUCUUGAAGGAGGCCUUUACAUGAUUCCGUUUGUGGGCUUCUCUUAUUCUCCUGAGAUCAAAUGAUUCUUAGUGCGAUCGUUCUACUCUUUUCCAUAUCUGGAAAUUUAUAUGUUUCUAAAGAGGCGUGUUUUGAUGUUUACGACAAAAUAUGUGCAAUGCUUUUGAGUACCGUCUGAUUCUUUCUUGGAAAACCUGCUGUUCGGGAUGCGGACAUUUGUUCUAGGUUGGGUUGUUUUUUUUUUUUCCAUCAAAAUAAUUUUUCAAACAUACGAUUUGUAUUGUUUUGUCACUGUAUUGGUCCAUCCAACGUACCUUCUCACGUACAAUCUAAUACCUUUUAGGUUCGACCACAUUGACCAAUAGGUGUACGGUCCAGGGGGUAUAACCAUCCAUUCUGAUAUCGAGUUUGAUUAGUUUGUGAGAUCUACCUAUCUGCCCCAUGCCUUUCUUUUUUUUUUCUUCUUGCGAUGCCAGACUUUUCUUAGUGAUUUAUAACUCACGUAUCAUUUUUCUCCUGCAUAUAUUAGAAUUAUGUAUUUUUUCUUUUAUAUGGCUAAAAUCGUAAGCUUUAAUGUCUUCUGUUCCUUACAUGCAUGGUUAGCCCAGCCUUUCUUAUCCAGGACUUAUCUGAUGGCUUGUCCACUUUUCCUGCCCGUAUUUGGUAAAGCCCAUGGUUAAAUGGAUGAGUAAACUUAUUUGUCGUGCCCAUUCUUUUCUUUUUUUUUCUUUGUUCCUCUGAGUUGUUAGCUGUAGAACAACAUGAACAUUAUGUCCUUUGGCACGUAGUUUUUGCGUAAGAAGAUUUGUGCUCUGCAGAUACGAACAAUCAUGGUGGAAAAUGUUGACAAGAUAUUAGCCAGAGGAGAGCGGAUUGAACUUCUUGUCGACAAGACUGCUACAAUGCAAGACAAUUCUUUCCAUUUCAGAAAACAGUCUAGACGCCUCCAUCGAGCUCUUUGGAUGAAGAACGCCAAACUUUUGUGAGUGAUUACAUAAAGCAUUCGAAUAUAUAUAUUUCAGCCACGCCGCCAAUAUAAUCUUCAACCUUUAGGAGCGAGUAAUAAACUCGAAUCUAAAGAAGGUCAAUCCCAAAACUCUGUUGCCCUACCACAUGGCAGCAGAUUACUAUAGUCUAACAUGCUGAUCUUAUAUCCGAUCUCCAACUUACAUGCCAGGUUUGUUCUGAGAGAUUUAUUUGAAUAUUCGGUGUUUUUUUUUUUUUUUUUUUUUCAUGUUUUCGUUACCCAAAAAGGGUCGAAUUGAGUUGACAAGUUUUCAGGUUGACGAGCUCUCACUUUCCUCUAUGGACGUUGACCUGGCCUCUCUCACUGUAGGGCUUUGUUGACGUGCGCCAUAGUCUUGCUCCUGUACAUAAUAAUCGCCGCCUGCUGCGGAGGGAUCACCCUUCCUUCGUGCCGCUCCUGA